AUGAGCCUGCCCCCGGGCACCCCCGCUGCUAGGAUGCUCUUUGUUAUGGCUCUGGCCUGCGCCAGCCCUUUCCUGGACCUACGGCGACGAACCAUCAACAUUCCCAUUAUUUUCAGUGGCUCAACCUACACACCAGAAAGUGCCCGGUUCUCACCUGAGGAUUUUCGCAAUUUCUCCAUGGAGAUCAACCCCAUCCCUGUCGUUCUGAACGACACUAAUCCUCGUAGCCUAAUCGUACGGCUCUGUGAUGUCCUCUCCUCCUUGCAUAUCCAUGGAGUCGUUUUUGAGGAUGAUACACGAACAGAGGACGUUGCCCAGAUUCUGGACUUCAUCUCAGCACAGACCUCAGUUCCAAUCAUUGGUAUCAAUGGAGGAUCAGCCAUUGUUCUUACUCCCAAGGAGAAAGGAUCAACAUUCCUGCAGCUUGGUUCCUCAACCAAACAACAGUUGCAGGUGAUGUUUGAGGUCCUGGAACAAUAUGACUGGACAGCAUUUGCCGUCAUUACUACUCUGUUUCCUGGCUAUGAAGAUUUUGUAGAUUACAUUGAGGUCCUGACUGAUAGCAGCUUCAUUGGUUGGGAGCGCCGCAGCACUGUGACCCUUAACCUCACCGAUGACCCAGAUGGAGCCCGCCUGAAACGCCAGCUCCGAGAAAUAAAUGCCCGUAUUUGCCUUCUCUACUGUUCCCGUGAAGAAGCAGAAAGCAUCUUUCGUGCUGCUCGCGAAGUCAAACUUACUGGUCCUGGGUAUAUUUGGUUCAUGGCAGGUGCCAACUUUGGUAGAACUGCUUAUCUGCCUGAGGAACUGCCCGAGGGUCUCUUCAUGGUGCUUUCAGCAGGAUGGAAAGAUGAUCUUUACCAUAGAGUACAAAACGGUGUGGCCAUAAUUGCCAAAGGCGCUGAGGCCCUCUUCCAAGUCUACGGCUCGAUUCCAAAAUUCAACAGUGACUGCCGGGCACCCAAUCUCACCCAAUUCAACGAGAAUCUACAUCGAUAUUUCAUGAAUGUCACAUGGGGUGACAAGGACUUUUCUUUUAAUGAGGACGGCUACCUGAUCAAUCCAUCUUUGGCUGUAAUCUCACUUAGCAAACAUCGGACUUGGGAAGAGGUGGGAAGGUGGGAGCGACGAAUCCUGAGUAUGUCACGCUAUAGGAAGUUCCUGCAACCUGUGGAUGACAACAAGCACUUGAUGGUGGCAACUUUGGAGGAAAGGCCCUUUGUAAUUGUGGAUGACAUUGAUCCUGCCACCAAGACUUGUAUCCGUGACUCAGUGCCCUGCCAUCACCCUCUCAACCACACUGACAGCAAUCAGUUAAAGAAGAGAUGUUGUAAGGGGUUUUGCAUCGACAUCUUGAAGCGUUUGGCGAAAACUCUGGGAUUCACCUAUGACCUCUACCUUGUCACCAAUGGCAAACAUGGGAAAAAAGUCAAUGGCAUGUGGAACGGCAUGAUUGGAGAGGUGUUUUACAAGCGAGCUGACAUGGCAAUUGGAUCCCUGACCAUCAAUGCAGAAAGAGCUGAAGUCAUAGAUUUCUCUGUGCCCUUCGUCGAGACAGGCAUCAGUGUCAUGGUGUCCCGUAGCAAUGGAACGGUUUCACCUUCUGCCUUCCUAGAGCCUUACAGCCCUGCUGUUUGGGUGAUGAUGUUUGUCAUGUGCCUGACGGUCGUUGCAGUGACUGUCUUCAUCUUCGAAUAUUUCAGCCCGGUGGGCUACAACCGCAGCCUCAGCAACAGCAAACGCACUGGAGGCUCCAAGUUCACCAUUGGAAAAUCAAUCUGGUUGCUUUGGGCAUUGGUGUUUAAUAAUUCUGUGCCUGUGGAGAACCCCAGAGGCACCACCAGCAAGAUCAUGGUGCUGAUCUGGGCAUUCUUUGCCGUAAUCUUCCUUGCCAGCUACACAGCCAACCUGGCUGCCUUUAUGAUCCAGGAGGAGUAUGUUGACACGGUGUCUGGGCUGAGUGACCAGAAGUUUCAGAGACCCCAGCACCAUUAUCCUCCAUUGAGAUUUGGCACAGUUCCUAAUGGUAGCACCGAAAAAAAUAUUCGGAACAACUAUGGAGAAAUGCAUGAAUAUAUGGGGAAGUACAACCAGCGCAGUGUGGAAGAUGCACUUCAAAAUCUGCAGACAGGGAAGCUGGAUGCUUUCAUUUAUGAUGCAGCUGUCCUCAACUACAUGGCCCGCAAGGAAGAAGGUUGCAAGCUUGUCACCAUUGGAAGUGGGAAGGUCUUUGCCACGACAGGCUAUGGCAUUGCCCUGCAAAAAGGAUCCAAAUGGAAACGUCCCAUUGAUCUGGCCCUGCUUCAGUUUCUCAGCGAUGAUGAAAUACAACUGAUAAUAUCAAUUUGA